CACGUAGAUUAUGUGAGCAAAUAUGUUUUAUUUAAUUUUAAAAAGCAAUUAUGUAUCAUAGAUUACUUCGAUACUGUGAAAUAACAUAAUUUUCACAAAUUAAAAUUUAUUAACUAAAUAAUUUGAUACCACAAAGUAUAACAUACAAUUAGUUAAUAUUGAACACUUAACUAUUAUUAUUAUUAUUAUUUUCUUCAUCUUGGCAUUAAUCACAUGUAUCAUGUAUUACAUACAAAAUGAAUAUAUCAAAUACGACUCAAGAUUUUAUUAAGCAAGCUAGCUCGCAACUCGACUCGGCUCGUUAAUAAACGAGCUCAUUUGUUAACGAGCCGAGCUCAAGCUGAGGAAAACUCGACUCGAAUCGGCUCAUUUGCAGCCCUAUAACGAGCCGAGCUCGAGCUCGACUCAUUUGUUAACGAGCCGAGCUCAAGCUGAGGAAAACUCGACUCGGCUCAUUUGCAGCCCUACUUGUAACAUCGUGGAUGGAUAUGCUAAAGUAGCCAAUCGACAACUUAGCCAAAGGGUGGUGGUGGAUUCUCAUGAAGGGCCCUCUUCGAUGAGUGUCAUUAGCUAGUUGAGUCUUAUCCUCUUUGUACAAAGUUUAGGACAGUUCCGAAUACUGCCAACUAGGUUGCACAUAGACAUAAAGCUCUAUUGUUGUCCCUUGUGGAGCGUUGUGGGUAUUGGAUAGAGGUUAUUUCUAAUUAUUGUCUCUUGUUAUUUCUUGAAAAAUAGAUCCAUUGAAUCUAAUUAAUUGAAAGAUGAAAUCUUACACGUAUGUAUAAUAUCAUUAAGUAAAAUAUGAGUUAAGAUAAGUCAAAAUAAGAAAAUUAAAGAUAAAUAUUAUCACAAAUUGAGAUAGAACCAAUGAAAAAGGUGUAGAUCAAACUAUCUCUACAAUGUUCUUGGGAUGUCUAUUUUUGAUGUUAUAGUAAUUGCUAAUUGGAUUAUAAGGCUUAAUUUUAUUAUUUUAAAUUUUAUGUGUUCAACCGAUUAGCACCGAGGAAAACUUGCAAUUGUAAUUGUCAUCAAACCGAAGCAAGCCCAUCUCUCACAUCUCGUAUUCCGGCUUUUCUCUUCAUAAAUUGCCGCAAGUUUCUAACUUUCUCGCCGUUUCUUUCCCGGGAAAGUUAGGGUUACCCCAACAGUUCACUGAUGCUUCCCAGAGCUUGAAGUUGAAUCACGAACAUCAACAAAUGGGGAACAUAUUCGUGAAGAAACCCAAGAUCACAGAUGUGGACAGAGCAAUUCUCUCUUUGAAGACCCAAAGGCGCAAACUUGGUCAAUACCAGCAGCAGCUUGAAGCUGUAAUUGAAGCAGAGAAGCAAGCAGCGAAGGAUUUGAUCCGUGAGAAGAGAAAAGACAGGGCCUUGCUAGCUUUGAAGAAGAAAAAGACUCAGGAGGAAUUGUUGAAGCAAGUUGAUACCUGGAUCAUCAAUGUGGAGCAGCAAUUGGCAGAUAUUGAACUGGCGAGCAAGCAAAAGGCGGUGUUUGAGAGUUUGAAAUCUGGUAAUGAUGCAAUCAAGGCGAUACAGAGCGAAAUCAACUUGGAUGAUGUUCAGAAGUUGAUGGAUGAUACAGCUGAAGCUAAAGCUUACCAAGAUGAAAUCAAUGAAAUACUGGGAGAGAAAUUGUCGGCAGAGGAUGAAGAGGAGAUUCUGGCUGAAUUUGAAAACUUGGAAACUCAGAUGGCGGUUCACGAUAUGCCAGAAGCACCAACCACCUUGCCAUCCAAGGAACAGGAGGAAGAAAAAUUGGAUCUUCCUGAUGUACCAACUAAAAAACCAGUUGUUUCCGAUGCCGAAAGUGCUUCAAAGGAGGCUCCAAGAAAGCAAAAAGUUCUGGAGGAACCAUUGGCAGCAUGAUUACCAAAAUUAACUUCAGGUCAUGCUUGGAUCCAUGGCUCUCUGGUGUAUGGGAUACAUUUGUACUGUGAGAUUCUUUGCUUGAAACCAUAAGGAAAUGGAGGCUUAGUGCCAGUCGACAUGGGUUUUGGGAUUGGAUUUGUAGGUUUUACGUGUCAAUAUGUACGAUUUACUCGGUCUGGAUUGUGAUGUGCGAUCAACAUUGGCAGUGGAGUUCAUUGCUUCAUAUUUAUGCUUCUGACGAAUGGUUUAUGGUUUGGUGAUAUAUUGAAAACAGCAACUUCCAAGCGUGUAUACAUAACCCGUUACACUGUUGCUCAAUGCU